AUGGCGCUCGUGCCGGCACCGCCACUGAUGCUGUUCGGUGCGGUGUUCGUCCGUAAGUCCUUCGUCAUAAGCAGCGACUCCUUCGCGCGAGCCGACGCCACGCAUUGGACCCUCGACCUCGCGCCCCUUCUGCAGGGUGCCUAUCACGAGGUCCGGGACGUUUGCCUCUUCAUACCGAACGCGAACCUGCUGGACAACAACAGCGCGCUGGCGCUGUACGUACAGGCCGGGAACUCACCGUGGGAGUACCGCGGCUGUGUCAGUAACGUCCAGCCGUCGGAGGUGUUCCCGCUGAACUGGCCCCUGAAUCCCGACGGAACUCUGCCCGCGACCGCGCAGAUUGGAGUGAGCGUGGAACCGCUCUCGGAGGUGGCGGGAAGAGAGCAAUUGGUGCUCGGUAGCAAAGAGGACUUCGCAAAGCGCGUGGCGAUGGACCUGUUCCGAUAUAUGGAGUCUUUUUUGGGCGACGACAGGCUCGGGGUGGGCAACGUCAUCGACAACUGGUUCAACAAAUUCCUCAACAAAUUCAGGCGCGACCCCAACUUCCUCACGCGGAACAAGGAGCAGAGCUGA